UUUUUAUCUCUCUGCCUAGCUACAUUGCACUCUCUCCACCAUUCAAAUCAAAUCUCUAUCUCCUGAAUUUUCCUGAGAACCAAACAAAAGCUAACGCGUGAUUCACAUUGCCCUCCUUUCUCUUUAUAUAUAAAUAUAUAAAAGGGGAUCUGUAAAGGACUCAUUGGUUCAGUUUCUAAAAUCUCUAUUCUUUUCUUGUCCACUUCUUUGGUCAUUGGAAGAACUCUGAGAUCAUUGCUUUACUCUCAAAAGAGGACUUAAUAUCCAAAACAAAAGCCUACCACUAGAGCUUUAUAUUGUCAAAGAAAAAUGCUGCUAAGAAGCUCUUCAACACCAGUUCUUGGAUCCCUCCUUCCAUCCUUCUCAGACAGUCCCAACCACAACAACUGCAAUCACUAUGAAACCAAUAACAUCAUCAUCAAGCACCCACCACCUACCAUUCCCCAAAAUCACAACAACAGGUUCUCACUUCACCAAACUGGCCCUCUCAACCUCUCCACAUUCUCAUGCAAUUCCUCUCCAAUCUCUCCCUCCAUUGCUGACCUCGAUCGGAACAAAGGCUUUCGAAGAGCUCAGUCUGAUGGAAACUUGGAAGGACUAGCCUAUGCUUCUUGCAGCACCAAUGAAGACCAAUACAUUGAAACAAACCUACCCAAGAAGUUUUCAGCGAGACCCAAGUGCACCAUGUUGCAAACUAUACAAUCUUUCUCAUUUUAUAAUUCAAAAGGUGAAUAUGAAGAUGAAGAAGAUGAAGAAGAGAGUGAUAGAGAGGAUGAUGAUGAAGAAGAGAGAGAAGAGAGGGUCAUGGCUAUGAGAGCACAAACUCUAAGUUUGGAGAACAAAAUGAACAGCAUGAUUUUCACUGAAGAGGUGAAUGUUAAGGAUCAAAUUUGGAAUAUGGGUAUUGGAGAUGAAAAGGAGCUUCUUGGUCAAGGGUUGUUUCUUGCAAGAGGGAUUGGCAUCGGUGGUGCCAGUGGUGGUGGUGGUAAUGGUGGUCGAGGACAUGGUGGCGGCAGUGGAGAUUUCAACUCAGGAGAGGACAACCAAGGAGUUGAGGAGUAUUAUAAGAGGAUGGUGGAGGAAAAUCCUGGCAACCCUUUGUUUCUGAGAAAUUAUGCUCAAUUUUUGUACCAGUCAAAGAGGGACCUUCAGGGCGCCGAAGAGUGCUACUCUCGUGCUAUCCUAGCAGAUCCAAAGGAUGGUGAAAUUCUAUCACAGUAUGCUAAGCUAAUAUGGGAGCUACAUCAUGACCAAGACAGGGCUUUAAGCUACUUUGAACGAGCAGUUCAAGCUUCUCCUGAAGAUUGCCACGUUCAAGCAGCAUAUGCUAGCUUCCUCUGGGAUACAGAGGAAUAUGAAGAAUGUGAUAUGCCAAAAGAUGUUGAAGCCAUGCCAUCACAAUUCCAUGGAGCCGUGGCUUCUGCGAGUGCUUAAAUUGGGGAGCAAAGCAACUGGACUGUGAUAAAGCAUCAAGCCGUUGAAGCCAUAUCAUUGGUUGACAGGAAGAGAUGGGUUUUCCAGGAUGAUCUUGCCAGUGGCUUGUAAAUCAAAUGAAGGUGUUGGGUAGCUAUAGUUUGAACACGAUGUAAACAAUACGGUGCUAAUGACCAUUUAGCCAUGCCAGUGAUUUACCCCAAAAAAACACUUAUCAAGAAGGGAAUCUACCAAAUGAACGAAAAAUACAAAGAAAAUAAAAAUUAUCCAGAAUUCUUCAUUGUCA